AUGGUUAGAUAUGCAGCUCCAGCUAUAGGAUCGCGUCGUUUCCGGCUCCCCGAAGACCCUCUCAAAGAGAAAGGCCUAUUGAAGGCCCAAGCUCACGGUCCAAUCUGCUUUGGUGUUACAAACCCAGCUACUCCCAGCCCUCCUCUUCAAGCUUCAGAAGAUUGCCUAUUCAUCGAUGUCUAUGCUCCAGCCAAGACGAAGGCAAAUGACAGUGGCGGACUUCCUGUUAUGCUCUGGAUCCAAGGAGGCGGCUAUGUCCAGAAUUACAACGCAAACUAUAACGGUUCUGGUCUUAUUGAAGCAUCUCAAGGAGACAUGAUCGUGGUCACGUUCAACUAUCGUGUCGGUCCCUACGGCUUCCUCGCAAGCAAAGACCUUGAGGAGGAAGGGAACUUGAACGUGGGACUUCAUGACCAACUUGCUGCAAUCAGAUGGGUCCAGGAGCAUGUGGCUGCAUUUGGCGGUGAUCGGGAUCGAGUCACGCUAUUCGGAACUUCCGUCGGUGGCGGCAGCGUUCUGCUGCAACUCCUCGCAUACGGAGGCAAUUCGACAAACAACACAGCGAAAUGGAGCGCUGGAAUCGCGCAAUCAAUGUUCCUGCCAUCCGUAUUCACUGUCGACGAGAUGGAAUUCCACUACACGGAUCUACUCGAUGCUACGAACUGUAGCGACUUGGAAUGCCUACGACAAGUCCCCACCGAUCAGUUACAAGCAGCAAACGUCGCAGUUCCCUUCCCCAGCCAAGACGAGACUGCACUUUUCGGCUACGGUCCGGUCAUAGAUGGAAGCUUCCUUCCAGACAGGCCUCUGAAUCUUCUACGAGAGGGCCAAUUUGCCAAGGACAAGCCUAUGAUGCUAGGAUCAUCAAGCACCGAAGGAACGCUUUUUGCACCCCAAGCCAACACCACGGAAGAUGUCAACCAAUUUUUGAAGGCUCAAUUCCCCAGUCUUACCAACGCUACACUCAGUAAAUUGAACUCUCUGUAUUCCGACACGCCUGCGACGUUUCCCGGCGUCAACACAACGGAAGCCCCAUUGUACUAUCGCGCAGCAGAGAUAUACGGUGAUUCGUCUUUCAUCUGCCCAGCUGUCAAUUUCGCCGCGGCUCUCGACGACGCAGGGGUUUCGGUCCGCUUGUUUCGUGACAGCAUACUCGACGCAGCUGAGGUUGAAGCCGGCUACAUUGUCCCCCACACGUGGGACACCCAGGCCGUUUGGGGUCCGUCGUAUGCCAUCAACUACGCUGCUUUGCCCGAUGCCGACAGCUACGAACCCGGUUUAAUUGCGUUCGUUUUAUUCGGCUACGACCAAGGAGUCUUUGGGGGUAUUCUACAGAUGGAGGACUGGUUGAAUCAGUUCGACCACCCUUCCGACUCAGAAACCGGCAUUAUUGUGUCGUGUUAUAAUCUAGGUUGUCUGGCUGGAUGCGUUCUUAACUUCAUCUUCGGAGAGACACUCGGCCGCCGGAAGACAAUUUGGUCCGCCAUGGGCUUGGUGAUCGUGGGAGCCACGCUCCAGGCCAGUGCUUUCACAGUUCCUCAUCUAGUCAUUGGACGUGUGGUGACAGGAUUGGGAACUGGUAUGAAGACUUCAACCGUACCUAUGUACCAAUCCGAGCUCUGCGACCGAAAAUACCGCGGCCGUCUCGUCUCCGCCGAAACCCUCUUCGUCGGUGUUGGCAUUGUUUUUGCGUACUGGUUUGACUUCGGUAUGUCUUUCGUAGGCGGACCAGUUGCGUGGCGUCUACCCCUUGCCUUCCAGAUGAUCUUUGCGUUUGUGGUCGUUGUCUUGGUAUUUGCCCUACCCGAGUCGCCUCGCUGGCUUUUCAAACACGGCCGUGAGCAGGAGGCUGUCCAGGUACUUUGCGACGUCUUUGAUAAGGACGUAUCCGACGAGUACAUCCGAGCAGAGGUCCAUGCCAUCCACCAUGCUAUCGAACUCGAGGCUGCCGAGCAAAAGCAAUCAUCAUUUUCGAGCAUCUUCAAGAAUGACCGCGUCAAGACGGGACAGCGUGUGCUUUUGGCAUGGGGAGCACAGUUCAUGAACCAGAUUGGCGGUAUCAACCUGGUCGUGUACUAUAUCCCGAGCGUCUUGGUGCAGAAUGUUGGGAUGACAGCGCAAAUGGCUCAGAUCAUCGGCGGAUGUGUUCAGAUGAUGUUCAUGUUUGGCUCAAUCCUACCCGCUCUGGCCCUGGAUCGGAUGGGUCGUCGCAAGACGAUGAUAUGGAGCAGUGCUGGGCUGGGCGUGUGCAUGCUCAUGAUCUCGAUCCUUCUGUCCCGUGUUGGGUUCACCAACGGACAAGCUUGCGCCUCGGCUUCAGUUGCGUUUUUCUUCUUGUACAACCUCAUCUUCGGCAUGGGAAUGAACUGCGUCCCAUGGGUGGUAGUCCCCGAGAUUCUCCCACUCCAUGCCAGAACCCGAGGUACGGCCGUCGGAAUCAGUUCCAAUUGGCUCUGGAACUUCUUCGUCGUCAUGAUUACACCCGUCAUCAUCAACCGACUGCAGUGGAAGGCUUAUUUGAUCUUCGUCGUCACCAACUUUGCCUUCAUCCCGAUUAUCUACUUCUUCUACCCAGAAACCAGCAAUAUGCGUCUGGAGGAUAUCGAUGAGUUCUUCACUCAAGGCCGCAACCCAGUCAAGGUGGCCAAAGAGAUGCAGAAGGCCAUGAAGAGCGGACUUGAUGUUGGCACUGACGCAGAGAAGACGGUCUCAAGUUCUUCCGACAAAGAGAAGGUGCACGUAGAGCAUUCAUAG